AUCAAUUGUAAUCAAAACACACACCUUUUACUUUAAGAUUUAAACAUGUCGUACCCUAUUAAAUAUUUGUCACUACAAAAAGCUGAGCUGGAAUAUGAGGUGAUUCUCAGAGGUGGUUCAACUGGUUCGGUACAAGACCUCCGAAGCCAGAUAGUAAAAUUGGCCAUACCUCCUGAGGACGUUUUGGAAUCACAUUUAGAGCCUGCGGUUGACCUUGAUGCUGUUAAAGACAGUCUAACAAAGUCCCAAACGAUGCUAGCAUCCCUCAAAUCUAAAUUUGAUAAGACCCUGUUCUUGCGUACCGAAAAUCUACUACAUCAUAUAUAUCACAGACUAAGACGUAUCUCAAACGUCAGUGCCGCGUUAGUUGACCAGCACAAGAAUUAUUGCACUACCUUUAACAACCAAUACAAAGAAAUUACGGCGUUGAGGCCGGCAUCAACUUCAAAUGCAAAUGCAGUCUCAGUUUUGGAACCUGUACCCACGGCGGUGCUCCACUGUGAUCGUAACCUGACCUCUGACUUGGCAAAACUAAAGUACUCUGGAAAAGCCUGCGUUUUUUCUUUCAUUCAAAGAGUUGAGGAAUUUGUAGAGGUUAGGAAUAUAUCAAAAGAUCGUGUAUUGAAGUUUGCCUACGAGAUUUUCACUGACGACGCAUUACAUUGGUUCCGUUGCAAUAAAGAAGGUUUUCAAAGUUGGGACGAUGUCGUCGUCCUAUUAGAAAAAGAUUUUAGUCCGAAGAAUUACGACUAUCGCCUGACUAAUUAAAUAAAAUCUCGUACGCAAGGGGAACAAGAAAAUAUAUCUAUUUACUUGUCUAUCAUGCAUGGCAUGUUCGCGCGAUUGGUUAAACCGUUGUCUGAGGAAGAAAAACUCGAAAUUAUCUUACACAACAUCCGGCCAUGUUAUGCCAGCACUC